UGCCAUCACGGUGGCGUCAAUCUGACUGCGAACGUCGGACGGAACGGUCGUUUUUCUUGCGGAGUUCCCCAAUCGGAGCCAAAAUAUUGGUUUUUCUUUUGACACCUGGUCCAACAAAAGGGAUUUUUAAAUCCUUGGCAAGGCAAGCUCUGCCAGCGAAAGUUCCCACGGGUAUUACGUAAAGCAUAACGUGCGGCGGGCCAGAAGUGCGUUCGCGUUUGCAAUCCCCUGCAACGUAGGUAACAGUGAAACGUACUUGAAACGCGGUUGAGUGCGACGAUUCCCGCAGGACUUGAAGGCAACGCGAGAAAGUGUCGAGUCGUUGGCAGUGUUUCGUCGGUCGGUUAUUCGGUCCGUCGGCAUUUCGAGGCGAAGCCCAGUGAAAGUGAAGGAAGCAAAGUUGAUUAAGUGAUUUUCCUUUUGCGGUUCAUUUGAGUUUUCGGUGAUUGGCGAUCUUGGUUCGGAGCCUUCCCAAAGGGGGUUGUCGGAGUUCAGCGCGAGGAAGUCAAGGGUGACACGUUUUACACGCUUGCUUGGAUUGCGACAAUAAGGAAACCGAAGGAAGAAGGCGGUGAAGUGCAAAGAGUGUGCUGUGUUUUGUUGGUGGUGCUGUGCGAGAAGUAUAACUCGAAGGCGUAAGUCUAUUUCCGGUCGAGCCCAAAUGAUGAUGCUGAUGGAGGUGAUGUCGAGGAUGAAGCACUUGGCGGCUCUCUGGGGACUGUUGCUGGUGCUGCUGGUUGGAACCGGAGUCGAAUCUAGAGCGGUGAACAUCAGCAACACCUGGACGCUGCCGGAGGACGGUUUCCCCGUCUUUUAUCGCUACUUCCGUGACAAAAUUUCCUGGUUCGAGGCGGACGCCGUGUGUCAGUUCCAUCACGCUAAUCUCGUCACAGUGGACAACGGAGUGCAGUUCGAUGCGGCCCGGGCAUUUCUCAAGGAGCUGGACGUCACCAACCCGGUGUGGAUUGGGCUGAUGCGACCGGAGAACUCGGCACGUUUCAUCUGGACAAAUGCCAAAACCCUCGACUCGUCCAGUGGCUAUUGGGCCGAAUCCUUGCCGGCCAUGGAGACUCCACUCUGUGCUGUAGUUGACCCCGUUCGAGACUUCCGUUGGCACGCACUGCGCUGCGGUGGUCCAGAAACGGCUGCCUUCCUAUGUGAACUUCCAGUUCCAACGUGGGCAACCGACUGCACCGUAACGUCGAUGCCCUCGCUAACCGUGCAGUACAUGUCAGACAGUGGAGCAGUUCAGCUGGCUCGGGAUUGCGGCGAGCAGGGCACUCGCCACAUGUCCUGCCAGAGCAAACUGGAACGGGACACGAUCCUGCAACAGUUGCAGUGCAGCGACCAGGAAACGGACCCAGCACAGGUGGCCACCGAGAACAACCAGCUUCCGGAGGUAGAAGCAGCGGCACCUCAACAGCCAGUCCGGACACCUCCACCGCAGAUCCUGGAGCACGAUAUACUGACGGUGGUUUCCAACAAUGACGAAGAUAACAACAUCGAUGUCAAUCCGAACCAGAUUGAGGACACGGUUAAGAACGUGAUCAACAAGUUCAACCUGGCGGACCUGAUGCAGAACGAUCAGUCGUUACACAGCGGAGAGAUGGAUGGUCAUUACGACGGUCAGGAUAAGGAGGGCAAGAAGAUAGGCGGUAAAAAGUAUUCGCCGUUGUUUGAGAAAAAGGAGAAGUAUGGAAAUAAGGGAGAACGCAAAGCGGAUGAGGAAGAAGAGAUGAUGAUGGGCGAUCAACCGGACGAAACCGAGACACAGCCAAUCGAUAUUGUGCAGCAAGCUGUGAAGCCAACAGAAGGAGAAUCUGAUGAGAGUUCCACUUCUGGAGUGAUUGGCAGUUCUACUGGUGGCUUGGCGAUAUCAAGUGAAGUUGCGACGGCUGAAAGUACCACUGUAGAUUCACGAUUACGUCGUGCCACCGACGGAGAAGCUGCCGAAUCAACAGCGGCAUCGACAACGGUCGAAGAUUCCACAACUACGGUGACAACCACCACCAUGGAGCCUACGACGAGCAGCACAACAAGUCAUAUUCUUCCAACAACUCCCAAGAAGGAAAUUUCGGCCAUUGGAGAUCACUUUAUUCCGCCGAUGCUAUUGGUAAAGGCCAGGUUUACUUCUACAAGAGCUCACGUUGAUGCAACGAGCACUACAGAGAUUUUAACGGAAGCUCCAGAGACUACGCCUUCUAGCACGGUAGCACCAACUUCUUCGACAUCUGAAGAAGUCACUACUGCUAUUCUAACAGAGGAAACGUAUGCGGUUUCGGAUAAUGGUAGCGAUAUUCAAAUUCUUGAACUUGACGUUAGAACGUCUCCUCCGGAAACAUCCACUUCUUCCGAAAGCGAUGCAUCUACCACUCACCAGGUGGUUGAAAUCAAAUUUGACGAUAAGGAGAUGACCUCUAAGCUUGGCACCCUUAGCAUCACUACCCGUCCCUUCACGGCAGAUGAGCUUCAGUCUUCGACCGUCGCGGAAAACACAACCGGAACCCCAACAACAGCUUCCUCCACUGUAGUCUUGUCCACUACCACUACAACGACUACAACAGCUGCUCCAUCUACCACCGCAAAUGUUGUCCGUAGUUCAACCGUCAGUCCAUCCACCACUACUCCGAAUCCUACGACCGUCCACGUUAUCGAACACGAACUCCAACAUGCUCUGGAACCAGAACCUGUUGAUACUUUGGACGGCGACGAUCACGAAACCAACGAAGCAGAUCAUCAACACAAAGACCUGCACAACAGCUUCUCCAACAUUGAAAACUUCCAGCCGUACAAGCCGAACCGGCACCGCAGCCUCACCAAACCCGAAGUGCACAACAACCAUGGCAACUACAUCAAGAAGAUUCUUGGUUGAAGCCGGUAGAAAACCCUGAUGCGGCGGUUGCCAUUGACUACGGUUUUCGGUUGCUUCCCGUCGCCAUGAUGCGUCACAGCAGGCGAUUGUUUUCAGUUCGUAACCACACUUUUCAUAGAGCAAAAGUAGGCCAUGAAACCAUAGCACGUAGACAACAGAAUUUCUCUUAUUCUCAUUUCCCGAUAGAAUCUAAUCCCCUUCAACAAGUAGUAAGCUAGAAUUUCUCUCGCCUACGGCAGACAGCAGUUUAAACUUUUGACGACAGUUCUAUCUAAAAAAGUUCUUUUCAAUCGGACGUUCAAACUAACAUAGAAACACAAACGCUACGUAGAGUAGAAAUCCACUUUCCUCGGUUUUAUGCAGAACCCAGUUAGAUAUCUUUCAUGAACAGGUUGAAUGCUGUUAAAGUUAAACUUAAAAAUAAAUCGACAAAACAAAGAAACACGUUGCCAAUCAUUUGAAAAAUAAAGAAAAUAAUAGAAUCAUAAGAAGGAGAAGAAGUUUGAAAAGGCAAUCAAUGAAGAUAAGCGAUUGGCGAGUUCUUAAUCUGCAAACAAUUACGAUGAUCCUUAGCAAUGUAGUCGAACAAAAAACACAGAAACACACUUUACCGAAUCGAUGCGUUGAUUUUGACUGAAGUCGCAGAACAUUUGCAGCUAAAACUAAAGCACGCAAAGGUAGGUGCUUUGCAGACGACGAAAUUUGACGAAUGAGUAAUAUGAAAUAAAAGCAAAGCU